AUGGCCAUGGAGUCCAUGCCCAUGAGGGACGAGGAGGAGGAGGAGGAGGAGGAGGAGGAGGAGGAGGAGGAAGACAUUGGCAUCGAAGAAGUGGUUGGGCUGCCCAUAGCCAUACCGGACAUCGUGCUGGAUGCGGUCAUCGAGGUAGGCAUCGACAUCGAGCCCAUGGAGCUCAUUGUCGACAUAUUCAUUGCCCGAACUGGUGCAGAAGUAGUUGAGAAGUGUGAAUUACUCGAAUUUGUCCCGAGGCGGUGCGGCAAUGUAAUGUAUACGAUCAAUGUGAGCACUCCGCCCCCCUUUUGGGCACAACGAUCCGCUAUAAAGUAUUUUUCUUAG